AUGCGCCUCACCGCAAUUUUGCGCGCUUCUCGCAUUCCAGUGUCUCAGUUUACCUGGCUCGCAUCACUGAAAGUCGCGCAACUCCAGCGCAUCGCACGCGCGACAGGAAUUCAAUCCUCGGGAACGAAAAACGUGCUCACGGCGCGUAUUGAAGCUGCAUUAUGCCAGCGACUAGUUAUCCCAGCACAGGAGAAGAACAGAAACGACUGGAGUGUAUUGAGCAUUGAUAUGGGGAUUCAGAAUCUCGCGUUUGCACAUCUGCGCGUGCCGAGAGCUUCUCUAAUCCAGACCGCGGCGCCGGCGCCGCUGAGGCCGGUACUGACGGCUUGGCAUCGACUCAAGGUAUCUGAGAUUGGUACUCUUGACUUAGAAGGCACGGGUGCAAAGAUAGAUGUUGCUGGGAUCGUGUCUGAGCCAGAAGCUGAAUCUUUACCAUCGACGAAGACGGUCAAGGCCAAGGCCAAGCCGGCAGCAGGCUUAAAGGAAGCAUUCUCGCCAGAUUUGUACGCCGCAACGGCUUACACGUUGAUUACGUCUCUUCUCUCUGCUUACAAGCCUACCCAUAUUUUGAUCGAGCGUCAACGCUUCCGCUCUGGGAGUGGAAGUGCCGUGCAGGAGUGGACGAUACGUGUCGGUGUCUUGGAGGGUAUGUUACACGCGGUGCUGCAUACGCUGAGACACGAACGUGGAAGUGAACUCGCUGAAAUUGAGGUGCAAGGCAUUGAACCGAAGCGAGUGGUUCAAUAUUGGGAGGACCUUGACUCUGAUACAGCCCCGAGGAGCGACGAUAGCACCAAGAAGGGGAGAGCUAGCGCUCGGGAAGUCAAAAAGGCCAAGAUUGACCUCGUUGGGCGGUGGUUAAACUCUACUCUGGACUUGAAUAUUUCUGAGAAUGGAGCUUCCUCUUCAAGUGGGGAGAUGGAGCCCGGCGCCAUACUGGACAGGAAGAUCUGUCUUGCGGCAGAUAUGUCUGCAUUACAUGACCUUGCGGGUGCGUAUCUGCGAAAAUGGCGCGGCGAGGGAACGAGGAAAAAGUCACUGUCUGUAGCAGAUUCAGGCAAUGCAAUUGGCAAACUGGAUGAUCUGGCAGAUUGUCUCUUGCAGGGCGUUACUUGGGUGGAGUGGCAGGUAAUGCGAGAGAGACUUGCCCGAGAAGGGUUCGAAGCAAUUGAGAGGACUUGA